CUUCCGCCACCGUACACAGUAUUCUAAAUAUUAAUUCGGCUCUGUGGAAAGUGAAGUUAUUUUCCGUUUUCACUCAAAAUGAGGUUAAAAUUAAGGCUGAUCCUAUUAUUUUAUAUUUUUCUGCUCUUCACAUACGUUUGUGGGCACAUUCCCAUACAUGUUUCAACCCCUGCGAAUAAAAUAGAACAAUUCUGUGAACUAGCCGACUCCUGCGUGCACGACACCAUACCAAUAUGUGGGCUGAUGGACAAGGAGAAAAGAACCUUCCUCGACAUAUGUGACAUGCUGGAGUAUGCUUGCGAUCAUAACAAAAUAUACACGCACAUAGAAGAUGUUGAAGGCUGCCCAUUAAUAAAGGAAAUUCAUUAAUAUUACCAAACCAACUUUCCGUAACUUCAAAACUUAAGUUACCUACAACUCCGCAAAGAUUUUAAUAAGAAUCCAAAGUCAACGAACAACUUAACCGUGUUCUUUUUUUACACGAAUAAGAGUAUUAAUCUGAAGAUCUAGAACCGAACUCAGACGUAGAACUUUUUACGCAAAAAGUAUCUUUACUUAAAUAUGUGUUUAAGUAUCAUUACGGUAAUGCACUGCGGCCUGACCUGCUGGGGAGAGAGCGAGACAGGUUGAUGGGGGGUUAAGAUGGAGUGACAAGGACGGAUGUAUCCCGAAGGUUGACCGGUAACAGGUUGGGGCAGAAUAAGUAUAGCGGCUGCAGUAAGGUCCGGGCGCAUCUCCGAAGGCGGAUGGUACAAUUCUUGUUAACCUUCGAUUAAAAUUUGUGCAAAUAUUUUAUCAAUUUUCCUAUGACCAUAUUACGACUAUUCAU